AUGGCGAGCUCCUCGACUCAUGUGGAGGAUGUCGUUCGUAGCCUUGAAGAAUGUCUACUGCCACUUGGCUAUGAAUCUUAUCCUAUUAAGAUUGGAUGGUACAAUGCGAUCGUGUCCCCAUCGUUUCACCUCCCAUACCCCGAGGACACGCUCGCUGUGGUGGUCUUGAGCGUCCCUGGCAUGUUUGAGAAGGCAUUCAUACCCUUCCUACAGAACUACUCUGGUGGGGGACUCCGAGACUACAUAGACCAGUGUACUGCACACUGUAUCAAAUCCAGUGUCACCAAGUGCUUCCCUGACCAGACGAUAGACAUCAGUUAUGACUAUGAGACACAUUUUAACAAGAAGCCCAAGUUUCUGGCCCAAACUGCUGCCCAUGUAGCAGGAGCAGCCUACUACUACCAGCAGUCAGAUGUUCCUGACCAGCCAUGGGGCACAAAGAAGAUGUUUGGUGUGUGUAUCCACCCCAGGCUGGGGGGCUGGUUUGCUAUCAGAGCUCUGCUAGUCUUCAGGCGUGUGCAAGCUGGGCCAGAGCUGCAGCGGCCGGUUCCCGUGGACUGCGUUAAAUCCCGAGAGGAGCGGAUUGAGCUUCUGGAGAGGUUUAACCUGCGGUGGCAGGACGGCACGUACAGGGACCUCAUUUCCGUCGAGGAGCGCUACUCCCAGCAGCAGAAGGAUUACUUUUGGACUCCUCCAGGAGAGCGCAUCGCCCUGCUCAGGCAGUGGGGCUACUUAACAACAGAGAACGAGUCAGAGACUCUGGGCACUGAGCUCAGUCAAAGUUAAGGAACUGAGAGAUGCUUUUGUGUUUGCGUACGUACGCACAUUUAUUGUCAAUGUAUGAUUACUGGCAAAUAGCUCUCUUGCAUUGUGGAUCAUGGAUUUAAAAGCUUUUGCACAAUGAAUACACUAAAAUGUGUAUGAACUUUAAUUUAAAACAAUAUCUAUGUAUAUUUCAUUAUUCAAUGGAAUUCCAUUGAAAAACACUGUGGGAGCAUGUUCUUGCCUAAGGAUGUUUUUACAGCUUUAAGUAAUGGAAGAAUACUAAUGCUGUUGUCAGCCUUAUUGUUGCCUUGGAUUUCCUCAGGAUCAGUAGUGUGUUGGAUGAUCUGAAGUGCCUCCUAGUGGCUAGAUAGUGAAUACUAAAUAGAAUUUGUAUAUUCCACUUUAAAGGGGAACUAUGCAGGUUUUUUAGCUUAAUUUACCUUAACUGAACAGCUUUGAAGUCAUUGGAAUAUGACUUUUUUUUGGGUUGAAUGGUGGCUGUCUCGCUUCCCCCUAGCACCUGUGAGCAGUAAAACCACCCUUGCAACUUUGGGCCGGCGAGCUGACGGCCUCAGAGACAGAAAGGCUCGCAGCCUCGCAAUGUAACAAAUUGCUUUACUGCACUACACACAUACAGUGCUGGCCAAAAGUAUUGGCACCCAUGCUAAAGUUGACUGAAA